AUGUGUAGACCGGGUCAGAGUGGACCGACCUACGAGUCUCUACAGGAGGUAUUCGACAGGAAGCCAUUUAGACCUGCCGUGAACCUGAGUAACCCCACCAUUACCAACAUCUCCUUCACCCUGUAUGCUGUGCUUGGAGUGAACGAGAAGACUCAGAUCCUCACCACGUUCCUGUGGCUGCGGUUGUACUGGUUUCACGAAUUCCUGAUCUGGGACCCUGAGGAGUGUGAUGGGAUCAGUAAGAUCUCACUUCCUGUAAACAACCUCUGGUCACCUGACAUCAUCGUCUAUGAGUUUGUGGAUGAUGACGUGUCGCAGGCAUGUCCAUAUGUGUAUGUUAACCAUACGGGUCACAUUCGCUAUGACCGGAUGCUCAGGCUUGUCACAGCAUGUAACCUGCAGAUCUUCAGUUUCCCGUUUGACGUUCAGAACUGCACCUUCACCUUCGGCUCCUACAUGCACACAAUUCGGGAUGUUAGGGUGAAGCCUGCUCUCCCAUUUGGUGAGAUGUCAGGGAACUCGAAACGUUACCUGGAGGCCAGCGGGGAGUGGGAGCUGGUGGUGAUUUUGGGAGAAGCGGGAAUUCUCAACUUUGGCAUAGACGAGUGGGACAUCAUCACCUUCUGGGUGGUGAUAAAGCGUCGGCCAAUCCUGUAUGUGGUGAAUUUGCUCAUCCCGAGCUCCUUCCUCAUGGUCAUUGACAUUCUGUCCUUCUAUUUGCCACCUCACAGCGUUGACCGUGCCUCAUUUAAGAUGACGCUGAUCCUCGGUUACACCGUUUUCCUGCUCAUCAUGAACGACCUGCUGCCUAGCACAGCCAACGGCACACCAAUCAUCGGAAUUUAUUUCUCUGUGUGUUUGGCUAUGAUGGUCAUCAGUCUACUGGAGACGGUCAUCAUCACCAACGUUCUUCAUCACAACUCCAUGAAGUACCGCCCGGUUCCUAUGUGGGUCCGGACGGUUGUGCUGAAAUACAUCGCUCGCUUCAUCUGUUACAGUGAUAAGGAUGUCACACACACACAGCGCAAAAUAUUGGAACAAGGAGACAUCUGGAGCACGCAACACACACGCACCGACACUGCACAACACACACAUGCUAAUGCGGGUGUGUCCCCCCUGUGUGUCCCCGAGCUGGUGGAGAUCAGUGAGUGUGUGCAAGCAAUUCGUGCUCACCUCACCAUGCUGCAGCGAGAAGAAGCUCUGCAGGAUGAGUGGUGUCACGUUGGCUACGUCCUCGACUUCCUGCUAUUCCGCGUUUACCUAAUGCUCAUCACCUUCUACGCCUUCGCCAUCAUCUUCAUGUGGUGCAUCUGGAUGUACCAGUGACACACACACACACACACACACUGUUCUUAUCUGUACUCUUACUGUUUAAACUUUUUCUGAUUUGGCUGAAUGUGUGUGAAUAAGUUUAAC